AUGUCGUUCUGGGACGUUCCGGGUAUGAAGGCCGGCGUGGUCACUGGAGACCUGGCAUGGGCGCUGCUUCAGCACGCCAAGGAGCACAGAUACGCCAUCCCAGCCUUCAAUUGCACCAGCACCAGCACCAUCAACUCCGUCCUUGAAGCAGGAGCUAGUCUCAACAGGCCUGUCAUGAUCCAAUUCUCCGAGGGUGGCUCCGCAUUCGUGGCCGGAAAGUCGCUCCCAAACGAGAAGGGCAAGCUGCAGGCAUCCAUUCUGGGUGCAGUGGCAGGCGCGCACUUUGUCCGCGCCGUGGCACCCGCCUAUGGAAUCCCAGUGCUUGUCCACUCCGACCACUGCGCAAAGAAGCUGCUUCCGUGGUUCGACGGCAUGCUGGAGGCUGAUGAGGCCUUCUUCAAAGCUCAUGGAGAACCCCUGUUCUCUUCGCAUAUGCUGGAUCUGUCUGAAGAGCCUGAUGAGGAGAACAUCGAGAUCUGCAAGAAGUAUCUCACCCGCAUGGCACCCAUGAAACAAAUUCUGGAGAUGGAGAUUGGUAUCACUGGCGGCGUGGAAGAUGGCGUGGACAACACAGGAGCAGCGAAGGAGAAGCUGUAUUCCACCCCUGAGGACGUGUGGAAAGUUUACGAAGGUUUGAAUCCUAUCUCGCCGAUGUUCACGAUUGCUGCUGCCUUCGGCAAUGUGCACGGAGUCUACAAGGCGGGAAACGUGGUGUUGAAGCCGGAGCUCCUGGCAGACUGCCAGAAGUAUGCUAGUGAGAAGGUCAAGGCAGAGGGCAAGGAUAUUGAGAGGCCACUCAACUUUGUUUUCCACGGUGGCUCUGGAUCUGAGAAGCAUCACAUCACAACAGCUCUCAAUGCCGGCGUUGUCAAGAUGAACGUGGACACCGACACUCAGUGGGCCUACUGGGAAGGCCUCCUGAAGUUUUACAAGGCGAAGGAGGGCUACCUUCAGGGCCAGAUUGGCAACCCGGAGGGUGAGGACAAGCCAAACAAAAGCUACUACGACCCACGCAAGUGGAUCCGCGAGUGCGAGGUGACAAUGGUAAACAGAGUCAAAGAGAGCUGCGCUGAUCUGGCGAACGUGAAUUGA